AGAAAUAAGACCACCUACAAUAGAAGGCAAACCUAUUGAAGUUGAUUUUAGUAUAAGAGUUAUGGAUAUUAAUUCAAUAAACGUAGAAGACAUGGACUUUCGUAUGGACAUGUUUUUAAAACAAGAAUGGCAAGAUGCAAGAAUUAAAAUACCAGAAGAAAUGUUCGAAUACGGUGAUGAUUCUGUCACCCUACCUUCUUCAUUUUUUGAUAAUAUGUGGCAACCAGAUUUGUAUUUUUUAAAUUCAAAAGUAGUAGAAAUUGCAACUUUGACUCACAAAUUCUCAUCAGUUACCCUAUUUAAAAACAAAACAAUCCGGUAUGCCGCUAGGAUGCAUGCGAUAGUCGCCUGCCAAAUGGAAUUUUAUCACUAUCCCAUGGAUACACAGGUCUGUCCCAUAACAGUUGAAAGCUUUUCUUACAAUAACAAUAAGAUGCUGCUUAGAUGGCAUGGACCUGGAGUUACUAUUAUUCCAGAAUUAAAGCUUCUCCAAUACAACAUUCUUCCACUGAUUUUGGAAGAGACUUAUGCCUAUACUGUGGAAAAAAAUGGCAAUUUUUCCCGUCUCUUAGUUUACUUCCGUUUUGAACGACAAAUCGGCCACCACUUAAUCCAGACUUUUGCCCCGUCGACUUUGGUAGUGGUACUGUCAUGGUUCAGUUUUUGGUUGGAGCUUGACGCUAUACCAGCUAGAGUCACCCUUUUAGUCACAUGUCUUCUUACUUUGGUGACAAUGUUUACAGGACUUCGAUCUGAUAUUCCAGCAGUGGCCUACAUUAAGGCUUUGGACCUCUGGAUGGCAGGUUGCAUGAUAUCGGUAUUUGCUGCGUUAGGAGAAUUUGUAAUUGUCAAAGUGCUGCAUGGGAAAUAUAAUGCAAUGAAAGCUAAGGAGGCAAAAUUAGCUAAAGACCCAGCUGUAAUGCAAUGGACUGCCCCUUCGCCAAAAUCUGUACACAAUUUUCGCUAUAAGCACAUGUCAAAAGAUAGAUUUAUUCAUUUAUGUUGGAAAACGGAAACCGGAAAAGAAAAAAUAAUGUGGAAGGAAAUCGAUCGAAUAGCUAGGAUGGUUUUUCCAUCGUUUUUCUUCUGUUUUUCACUUAUGUACUGGAUUAUACUUAUUUUUGGUAGCGGUUAAAAUGAAAUAGAUAUUUUUACAAACA